GAUCAUGAAAAUUUGAUUAGAUUAUCAGAUUAGUUUUACUUUCAUUUUGAAAUUAAAGUAAUAACAAUUUAAAUUGAAAAUGGUUAAGAAAUUAACUUUUCAAUUGUCACAAACUGAUCACAAGGCAGUAAAUGCAAUCAAAUUUGUUGAACAAUUAGCAAUUAACUUUGCUCUUCUUUCCAAUGGUUUCAACAGUUUCCAAUUGAUUAAACCUUUCAACUCCCGUGAUCAUGUUAAUUGUGAUCAUGGAAUGAGAGUGAAACAAUUUACCAUCAUGGUGAUUAUGUUAAUCAACACAAUUAGAUGUUUAAUUCUGUGUUUUCCUUUUUCUGAUUCGGUUCUCAUUAAUUUGGGUGAUUUUUUUCACGAUCAUCCAAAUAGACUAACCAUUUAUACCUAUUUCACAAUUUACCUUUUCUCGGCCGCAAUUCUGAGACAAUUAUACAUUUCUCUUGACAAUCAAGGUAAUUUAUGGUUCCACUCGUUGUAUCCAUCAAUUUAUCAACAUGGAUUCACAAGUAAAUCAUUAUCGUUAUCGAAUCAACUUUGUUCAAAGUAUCGGUUCGUUGGUCACUUUCUGGCCAACUUUUGGUCAAGAAUUUCCAUCAUCUUUAUCGUCUCACCUUUACCUGUUUCAUUGUUUCUUUGGUAUUCGUCAACCUUGCCAAGGUCAUGGUUCGGCUUGAUGGUCACUUCCUGUUGGACAUUCAUUUUCACCAUUGGAUUGAUUUUUUCAGCCUCUUCGCUGAGCAUCAUGGCAGCUACAACAACCCUUUCCUUGGCUUACUUUUAUUACCGAUGUGAUUACGUUUCAAAUUGUUUAGAUUCUUAUGUCCAGUAUUAUGGUCAAUCAUCUUUAAUGACCAUUAAUCGAUUAUCAUUGGAUAAAAAUAGUAAAGAAAAAACUAAAAUUCUAGACGAGAGAAUCCAAAUAAUAUCAAGUCCAUUCAGUUUCUUAUCGUCAUCAGUUGUUACUCAUUCUUAUGAUGAUGUUUAUUAUCCAGUGAUUAAGUUAAUCAUCACUUAUCAUAAUCAAAUUGAAUCUGUCAACAAUUCAUAUUCAAUCUGGUUAAUGGUCACUUACACUUGUCUCUCGGUCAAUUCGGACUUUGGUUACUUUUCUUGCUUCAUUGUCCAUGUUGAUCGGUCAUUUCUUGACGCUUUCGUUUUCUUUAUUUCAACAAGUUGUUUCAUCGGUUUAAUUGCUUCUGCUAUUGUUAUUGGUAAUUUAUGGAAAAAGAUGGUUUCUAAUUGUACUAAUUUAAGAAGGAUUUUGCUUGAUAGACAAGGAGAUCUAUUAACACAUCUAAAGGUUUGUGAUCUAAUUAAUCGCAUUUCAAGACCGGAAGCUUCAUUUACCAUCGGCCAUAUAUCACCAUUAACUAAUAGAAAUUUAUUGAUUUAUCUCUUGGAAAACGCAACAAUCAUGAUGAUGCUUAUUCUCAAUCGUAAUUUCACUUAAUUUACAAUCAUAAUCACGAUUCUUUUCAACCUGAUCAUAGGUAAUUCAUUAAUCACGAAAAAUUUUAAUUCUCAUGGAUUUUGACAGAUAAAAAUAGAAACGGUUAAGAUUAUCAGUGAAUAGAUUGUAAUAAUUAGUGUAGAAGUCGAUUGCUGCUCUUGGUCAACAUU